UUUGUUACGUAUCAAUACUGACACCUCUAUUUAUUUUCUCUCACAUGCCCAGGGUGGACUUCGUGAAGUAGACGCUCUUUUUGUAGUUUUCUAAUAGGCUUUAUGAAGAUUUAAGGAUGGAUGGAGAUCUGGUUUCUCUGUCGUCUUCUCUGUCAUCCUCAUCAGCAGCAGAGCUGUCAGCAGGAACACCAGAAAAUUCAACACCACAAAGUGAAAGCAGCCUCCCCACGAACCAUGAGGAACCCAAACCAUCUGGAGGAUUAUGGACAGAGAAUGUGGGCCCCGUGGGAGACAGACUGAUGUCCACGGAGGAGCAGGUCACCCUGAUCACCGAGAGUUUGACAGUCACCUCCAACGACCAGGAGAAGCUGCUGCUGCUCAAUAAAAACACCGAGCUCCGUCGAGUCAACAAAGAGCUGAUGAAGCUGAAUGAGGACUGGGACCAGGUGUACCGCAGUGCCACGCUGGGUCUGCAGCAGCGGCUGGAGGCCGUGGAGCUGGAGAACAACGCCAUCAAACUGCUGAACAGCCGACUGCUCCUCAAAGCCAAACACCAACAAAGUGCAAAGGAUUAUUAUGAACAGGCGUUGAUGCAGGAGUUGAAGAAGAACCAGGAGCUGCAAGAGUACAUCAGGUUGCUCGAGAACAGGAUGAAUCAACCGGAGAGAGACUGCCCACCUGCCAAACAGGACAAGUACAGCGCUGUGGCACGCAGCCCUACACCCUGUCCCGGCCGCACGACUGCUGGAAGCCCCAACCUGUCACACGGCGACGUGUCUGGCUACAUCCCCUCGUCCCCGUUCCUCUCAGCGUCUCCCUGCCCAGAGGCAGGGUGGCAGGGAAAAGGCCAGAGCGGCGGCCCCCCACUGGGAGCACCGGGAGACUCCCAGCAAGAAGUGCAGGCUUUAAAGGAGCAGCUGGAGGCGCUGAGGUGUCAGACCGAGAUUUACGAGGCUGAAUAUCAGACGGAGCACAACGACCACAAGCACACGCAGCAGGAGAACCGGCGGCUGAGGAAGAAGAGGGAGGAGAUGCGCCAGCAGGUGGCACUGCUGCAGGAACAGCUAAAGAUUUAUGAAGACGACUUCAGGAGGGAGCGGUCUGACAAACAGGUGCUGCAGAGACUGCUGCUGCAGAAAACGCCUCCGAACAAGGACCCGGUGCUGAUCCACCGCUGCAAUAACCAGCAGCAGCUGCUAGAGGGAGACAGGAGGACAGCGGGCGCCGAGAAGAGGAAGCAGCACCAUCCGCUCUGCUCCAAACACCCCAACAGGGACAAGGAGUCCCGCUGAGCUCAGGCCGAGAGGAAGCUAGACACACACACACACACACAGGCACACACACACACACACGCACAGAUGUCGUUCUUCGGGUCUUCAAAACUGAAUACACAAUAAAUUUCAAAUAAAAUUGUACUUCUAGAUGUACAUUAAUAACACACUUCAGCAUUAACAAAUUAGAUUUUUUUUUUUUUUUUUAAUCACAUCAAUAUACAUUACUGGAAAAGUACAAGAAGCCUGUAAUUUCACCAAAAAUUAUCACAGAUUUUUCAGAAGUUCAAAAUGAAUUAUGUGAGUUGCACUUUGACCAGAAGAGAGUUACCAAAUCUGCUUUACUCAGAAAAUGUAUUUUUUCCAUAUGAAUGAUCCAUUCUUUUAUCGCUGCGGGGAAUUCAUGAAUUCAUUCCCUCACUGCAAAAUUAACUCAGCUGAAAACAGGUGGAUGGUAUUAUCCUCAUAUUUCCAUGCAAAUCUCAGCAGAAUCAUUACAAAGGAGAAGAAUCAAAGCAAUGCAACUUUAGCACUGCAACAGAAAUUCUUGCUGAUGGUGAACUUGUAGUUUGUUUUUUUUAAAUCCAGUUGAAAUUUUACACCUUUGUUAAUAUUAACAAUAUUGGUUGAAAGACCUAUGCUGAAACAGCAUUACAGUUUUCCAAAUCUCUACAUAUUGACUUUUUAAAAAAAAUCAAAAUCGAGAAGAGCCAAAGUUGUUCAAAGAGACAUUUAAAUUUAAAUAUCAUAUAUCUAUAUCAUAUCUAUGGUAUGACAGCUUUUGCAUUUGGAGAUUUUUUAAUACUGUUUUCCUCAUUUCACUGGCUUACGGUUAAAUGCAGGAUUGAUUUUAAGAUUCUUUCGGUGUCUGAUUGGACUGGCCCCAGAAUAGUGAUCUGACCUUGUGAAGGUGAAUCGAGCCUCCAGAGCCCUUAGAUCAGCUGACCAGAUGCUGCUGCUCUGUUUUGAUGGUUUUAUAAUGUACUGUGAAGCACUUUGUCAGGCCAUAGGCCUCUUUUUAAAUGUGCUAUAUCAACAAAGUUGACAUUGGCAUCCAGAAGGAUGUAACACUGAUGAAAUACACAUUUGAUAGUUACCACAAUGUGAUUAGUUCACCUGCUGGAUGAUCGGUUCCCGGAUGUGUUGCAGGUGUAUACUUGUUAAAACUGCAGAAACUCUUUAUUUUGCAAACAAUAAAAAUAAAAAAGUGGUCGACUUCUACUUUAUGUUGCAUAUUUUCUCACAAGUUUUGCUAUUUUCUUAAGACUUGCUCACUUUAUUGGAUUGCUUCAGUGCAUGUGUUCCUAAAUUGUUAUUGUGAAUCUGAUUUUUUCCUAUAUCUGUAUAUUAUGUAGCACUAUAUAAAUAUGUUCAGUGUCUGUCUUGGUCUUGGAGUAAGAGACAGCCUCCAUGUAGCGUCCCAGGCAUCCUUUUUUACUCUUAUUUUUUUUCGAAAUCCAGAUUUCAUGAAUAAACCAUCAAACAGCUCU